UCCGCACUCUUCAGCUUGGUAUCCCCAUCCUUUUUUUCGGAAAUAAUUAUCCUGGAGCAUCUAACGAGGGCAAUAAGGCCUUCGUCUUUCCACUGACCCUCCGGGCGUGGCCUGUUUGCCGAUUAUCACAGCCACAGCGGCGAGCAUGGCUUUUAUCGCGAUGGCAGCCAACAAGCAGCCGAUAACCCCAGUGUCCCCUUCGAUCUCUUCGAUUUGCUCGUUACCAGAUGCCAUGCCUCCUCUCAUGAUGACUCCACCGGAGCCGGAGGAUCCUCAACUACGGACAAACGACGACGCUGCAGCGGUGGUCACUGCCAUCCAUGUAAUCGCCACAGAAAAAGCUGCCCUGGCAAAUCUGGAAUGCAUCUACCAAACAGACAGAUUGGCUCAGGAGAACAUGGCUCGUGCAGUCAACCAAAUUGUCAGAACAAUAAAGCAAGGCGGGAAAUUGGUGGUAUGUGGUGUGGGCAAAAGUGGAAAGAUUGGGAGGAAGUUGGAGGCGACGAUGAACAGCAUGGGCAUAUACAGUACAUUCUUACAUCCAACGGAAGCCCUACAUGGAGACCUAGGGAUGAUUCGACCGAACGAUACUCUGCUUCUGAUAUCGUUUUCUGGCAAGACCCCAGAACUCCUCCUUCUCCUCCCUCAUAUUCCAUCGACGGUACCUGUGAUCGCUAUGACAUCUCAUAUGGAUCCUUCUAUCUGUCCCUUGCUAUCGUUCCAACGUCCAGAAAUGGGGAUCCUUCUGCCAGCUCCUAUACAUGAGGAUGAGGAGAGCUCAUUUGGAGUGUGCGCUCCGACCUCGUCCACCACAGUAGCACUGGCGCUUGGGGAUGCACUGGCAAUAGCCACAGCGCGAAAACUCCAUCCUCUUCCGGGAAAGGGACCCGCAGAGGUUUUCAAGAGUUUUCAUCCAGGCGGCGCCAUCGGUGCUGCUCUUUCGCCGCCGACGCCUAUAUCGAUGCCAACAUCAGCCCCAUCGAUAUCGCCCACUUCUGUGCCAUCGGACUAUCUCCGGGCGAAGUCUCUAGAGCAAGAGCCGACAGCAGGUAUCACAAGUUCUGACAACAAAUGUGGGCAAUUGGUAUCCGACAUUGCAGUUGCACUCCCAAGCAUUCCCACUGUUUCCUCGGUCAGUGACGUGCGAAUCUUGGAUAUUCUUCUCACGGCGAUCCAGAACCCUACGGCGAAAUCCUGGGUCAAGUUGUCGCCUACAGAAAUCAUCCCUCCCAGCCGUGUCCGCUCUCUGUCCGUCCGCAGUAGCGUGGAUAUGAAUGUCUCAGACGUCUCUGAGCCGCUGGCCGUCGAACAGAAGGAUUGGUUGUUUGUGUCUGCAGCUAGUAUGCUUCACGAUGUGCGACAGUCAGUGUCAGAUGCGACGAGAGCAGGCUCCAACGUCUCUGUUGUCGGUUUGCUGAACGCCGACAAUGAUGUCGUUGCUGUUUUCGAGCCAGAGCAGGUGUUCAACGACAACAACUGAGAGUCCGCAUUCAAUGUUUCCUUUUAACGAUUUAUCACGACUUUCACGGCUGUUCUACUUUCCUGGAUUUCCCUUUAUUUUAUUCUUCCCCCAUCAUGUUUAUCUCGUGUCCAUACCUUGAGGACCUCGAGUGUUUGUUGAUUUCAAGUUCACAUUCAAUACGGCACGAUGCCACGGG